UGCCAUAAGCGCAGUCGCAACGUCAACGUGGAGGUAGACAUCGACGUUUCAAGUUCGGGGAUAUCGCUCGCUCGGACUAUCGCUCACUCGAACCUUCUGCCCAGCUCAAGUGCCGGUUCUGAAAACGCAGUAUUCACAGGGAUCGCUGCCUUCACUACAGACGUAAUUCUUGCCGCGCAAGAUGUCCACUCGGGGACAAUUCAACACCAAGAACCCAACGAUCAAGCGCAUCUUAAAAGAAGCUUCAGAGCUCGCCUCAAACGCCUCACCAGAUUAUCAUGCUGAACCGCUCGAGGACAACCUCUUUGAAUGGCAUUUCACGUUGAAAGGGCCUCCGGAACCUUCGCCCUACGAUGGCGGCAUUUACCACGGCCGUAUAGUGCUACCAGCAGCCUACCCUCUCCGACCACCGUCGUUCCGCUUUCUCACGCCCACGGGACGUUUUGAAGUUAAUCGCGAGAUCUGUUUAUCGAUAUCGGGACACCACGAGGAGACAUGGCAACCUGCGUGGGGCAUACGUACGGCGCUAGUGGCUAUUCGGAGUUUUAUGGAUACGGACGCAAAGGGUCAACUCGGUGGUAUCGACUGCGGCGCAUCGGUUAGGAAGAAGAUGGCGGCAGAGAGCGGUCCAUUCCGAUGUGGGGCGUGUGGAAGGUCCAACAGCGAGAUCAUGGCCGAACGGGAAGAAGCCGCAAAGCUAUACGAAGCCACAUCGGGGAAACACAAGGAAGAGGAUGUACCUGAAGAGCUACGGCUUGCAUAUAGGGACGAGUUGGGCAACAGCAAGAGUGACCCGCAGUCAACCGGUGCGGCAGUGGCCACGAGCUCGAAUUCGAUAGAUUCAGAAGGCCAGGUCAACGCCGAUAGUUCGUCUCAACCACGACCCGCGACAGUACAAGCAAAGGAACAGCCCGUGAGAACAGCGGCUUCUACCUCAAGAGCGCCUCGUCCGACUCGGACGACGCAGACUUCACGAGUUCGACGGGGCCAAUCGCAAGCUUUCCGGCGGGAUGCGGACCAUGGUCUUGCCUGGAUCGACGCAUGUAUAUAUGGCGUUGUGGCCGCAUUGCUGUUUAUGGUAUUACGAAGAUUUGUUUAACCCAGAACUUCGGGGUCUGCCUGGUAGUUUCUGAAUGUAAGGGGGAUAUCAUGAGUUCUUUAGCGCCUGAAUAGGAGUUUGGGAAAGGCGUUCUAUUGCGAUAGCUGUGGGUUUUCUUAUUCUCUCCCUUCACUAGAAAGCAUGUAGCGCUUGAAUCGUCGCGAGAUACCUACGAUAUGUUUGGUUGGUAUUCACUCCUUGAGUAUAUGAGGAUUUUGUCCUUCUUUGGCUUGGUGAUAAUAAAGAAUGGUACUCAACGUGCAUGGUAAAUAAAAAGGUUGUCGCUCAGGACUAUCAGUACCAAGAGACAGUAUGAAGUAAUAAUCAAGGCAAGGAGACUGUCCC